UUUUUUUUUUUUUUUUUUACUUUAUUCAUACAACUUUAAAUACCCAGCAGUAACUUUCCAUAUGUUAGCGACAGGGUUGGGUGUCACCGUAUUCAUGUCACUUUCUUUUUGGAUGACGAUCGCCUUGUUAUGUGGAUGGACUAUUUUUACCUUUUUCAAACUACGUGUCAAAAAGUCAAUCCAGCCGAAUCGUAUUCAACUUUUACAAGACCUAGGUUUUACUAGUCAAGAGGAACCUGUCUUUUUAGGAUUCUUUCAUCCAUAUUGUGAUGCUGGUGGUGGUGGGGAAAGAGUUUUAUGGACAGCUCUUCGUGAUGUUCAACGUGAAUUUCCACAGGUUAUAUGUGUAGUUUAUACUGGAGAUAUCAAUGUAUCUCGAGAACAGAUCAUUCUGAAAGUUAAGACUCGAUUCAAUAUUGAGUUAGAUCCAAGAAGACUUGCUUUUAUAUAUUUGACAAAUCGAUAUCUGAUAGAAGAUGGUCGGUUUACUCGAUUCACAUUGAUACUUCAAAGUCUGGCGUCAGUCCUAGUUGGUUACAAAGCUUUAAUUCAAUUGGUUCCUGAUGUUUAUUUUGACACUAUGGGUUAUGCAUUUACGUAUCCUUUAGUUCAUUUCCUGGCAAAUAUCAAGAUCGCUGCAUACGUUCAUUACCCAACUAUUAGCUCUGACAUGCUCCAAAGAGUUUAUGAACGACGAGCACAAUACAACAAUAGUGCUGAUCUUGCCAAUAGUUGGAUAUGGACAACUGGAAAAUUAAUAUACUAUCGUAUGUUUGCCAAAAUGUACAGUUUUUGUGGAUCAUUCGCAGAAGUGGUGAUGGUAAACUCAACAUGGACCAAAGGACAUAUUGAUGAAUUGUGGGGCACGAAUGCAGAUAUUGUUUAUCCACCUUGUGAUACUGAACGAUUGAAUGAAUUACCUUUGACUGGUCGACAAUCUAUGAUAGUUAGUGUGGCUCAAUUUAGACCAGAAAAGGAUCAUUCUUUACAAUUAAUGGCGAUGGGAAGAUUAUUGAAGAAAUAUCCAGAAUGGAAAUCAAAAAAAUCGAUGGAACUGGUAUUGAUUGGUAGUUCAAGAAAUGAAGAUGAUGAACAACGAAUUGCGAAAUUACGUCAAGAAUGUCAACAACUUGGAAUCGAAGAUAGAGUACGAUUUGAAAUCAACGCAUCAUUUGAUUUAUUAGUAGAAAAUUUAGGUAAAGGCAAGGUUGGACUUCAUACAAUGUGGAACGAACAUUUUGGAAUUGUGGUAGUAGAAUAUCAAGCUGCUGGUUUGAUCCCUGUUGCUCAUAAAUCUGCUGGACCAAAGAUGGAUAUUGUUGUAGAUUAUGAUGGAAAACCUACUGGAUUCCUGGCUGAUUCCGUAGAAAGUUUUGCAGAUAGUCUACAUGCAGCAUUAUCAUUGACUGAUGAAGAAUAUAUUACUAUGGCAACCAGUGCUCGAGCAUCCUCAUCAGAUAGAUUUUCAGAAUUAUCUUUUAGUAUAGAACUAUUACGAUCAUUACGUCGAUGUUUAACUUGA